AUGGCUAUUCCAGUUCUAAUCAUCAUCAAGACUCUCUCGACUUCUGAAUUGCUCGUUCUCGAAACAUUCCAUCUCAAAAUCGAACUUCCAUUCCUUGAAGUUAUGCUUUUUGUGAUUUGUCUUUUUCUAUUCCUUUUGAUUUUACUGAAAUGGCAACUCGGAGGAUUAAGAAUGAAUCAAGAGAAAUUUAGUGUUUUUAUCAAUGCAUCCGUUAUAUAUAUUCUCAUCGUAGUUUCAUUUCUUUUCAUAAUUACCCAAAGCAUCUUGAGCAAUCCAUCUGGAAAACGAAUCACCACAACCAAUCAAUAUAUUUACACACAGUUUCUCCCUUUCAUCUGGAUUCCGUCUGUCUUUGUUGCUUAUUCUGAAUAUAUGCACAAAUGGAUUCCAAAACCAAUUUCACCCGAGCCCCCAGCCAUUCAAAUGGCUGUUGUAUCAACUGGAAAUGAAACAACGAAUAUGAGAAGAGCGAGUAUCGAUACUACAGUUUCAUACUUAUCCAUUAAUGAAAUAAAUGUUGAGAUUUAA